AUAUUAUAUUUUUUGUUUCGAACAUAACUUCUUGUCACCGAGCAAAAUGCUGUUAAUCGCAUCAUAUAUUUCCAGCGUCUUUCUCGGGAGGCUCCGAGUCGCUUUCCAAAACAAUUCUAUUUACAUGGACAAAGUGUCAUUGCAUUUCCAUUAGGAUAGGUUACAUUUACGCUCUUUUUCCUUCCAAGUUUUUUUCAUAUCCUUUAAAUUUAAUUAAUUGAAUUACUGUGAGCACGUUCUUCGUUACAGUACAAAUAUAAAACUUAAACGAGUGCUUAAAAGAGAUAAGGAUUUUACAUCAUGUCAAAGAAGAUUAUUUGUUUGUUUGAUGUGGAUGGCACACUCACCAUACCACAGCAGCCAAUCAGUCCUAGCUUUGAAAAGUUUCUCCUAGAAACUGUAAAGAAAGAGUUUGACAUUGCAGUAAUCGGAGGUUCUGAUUUAAACAAGAUUCAAAAACAGCUAGGUAGUGGAAACCUCUUUGAAAAGUAUAAGUAUGUCUUUGCGGAAAAUGGCCUUAUCGCUUUCAAGAAUGGCAAAGCUUUGCCUUCACAAAUGAUUCAAGAUAUACUUGGGGAGGAUUCUCUGCAGGAUUUUAUAAAUUUCACUUUGCGAUAUAUAUCCGAGCUAAAGCUGCCAUUUAAGCGUGGAACAUUUAUCGAAUUCCGUACAGGCAUGUUGAACAUUUCGCCAGUAGGACGAAAUUGCAGCAAGAAAGAACGCGAACAAUUUCAUGAAUAUGACAAUGAACAUCAUAUUCGGGAAAAAUUUAUACAAGUUCUGAAAAAGGAGUUUCCUGAUUUGGGUCUAACUUAUAGUAUCGGGGGACAAAUCUCUUUUGACGUUUAUCCUAUCGGUUGCGAUAAAACGUAUUGCUUGCGUCAUAUUCAAGGAUAUGAUGAAAUACACUUCUUUGGUGACAAAACAGCCGAAGGUGGUAAUGAUUAUGAGAUUUAUGAGAGCGAUCUGACAAUAGGACACCGCGUCACUUGUCCCAAGGACACCAUGAACCAAUUGAAUAUCCUUAUAACUCUUAUAAAAGAGAACAGAGAGAAAGAGCAACUCAAUGUUCCAUUGCAAUGUGUAUAAUAAGGCCUACAGUAAUUUUCUAAAUUGACAUAAAUUUAUAUUUUUAAUUAGUAUAUAUAUGUUAUUGUACAAUAGAUUGGUUUCGUUCUUUAUUUUCCAUUUUUUAUCAAUUGUUACAUUCCUAACGGUGGAAGUGCAGUAUUUGUAACUCUAUAGUUUCGAAGAAAAAUUUUUCAGCACUAAUUCUAAGCACAACUGUUUUCAUGCACACUUAAAAAUAUAUUUGUACAUAUGCUCUUUUCUAAUAGUUUUUCACUAUCUUGAUAUACACGCAAGUCAUAAAUGUUAAAUAAAAAUGUUAUUGACAUUAUGAAUAUAGUUUAUUUUUUAUUUGAAACAAAUUCUACUCUCAUAGUCUCUUAGUCUUGUGCAUACACGACCGUGCACGAUUACAUCUACACAUCCAUAUGUACAUAUAUAUUAAAACAUAUAAAUUAAACGAUAAUAAGAAAAAUAACAACGUUAAUAAGAAAAAUUACGGUAUUCAUUGGAAGACAACAGUAUGACGUAGAAUGUUUUUUUCCGCUGCUGACAAAGUAUAAAAGCAUUUUAUUAGCAUAUGCAAACGAGCAAAGUUAAUGCUGCAACAGCUGUUGCAAUUUGAAUAAUCUUUUGGUAUUAAUUUCUUACCAUUGUAGGUAACUUCCGUUUUACAAUGCGCGUAAAUGCAUUUCUAUAAAAUAAGAAUAUAUAUAUAUAUAUAUUAAAAUU